ACGUCACUUCCCUCCUCCGUUCAUUCACUGUUCAGUAAUCUGUUUUAUAAUUUAUUUAUUUUUACGCUUGUCUUUUAAUACACUUCGAGUAGCGUCUUAUCAGAGCCGAGCCUUCGGGUCUGGUGAUUGAUAUGAGCUUGUUCGCUUGUUUGUGAAACAAAUGACGGAGAAUUCAGAGACGAGCUUUUCAUCGAGGCCCCUUUCUCUUCCGGACAGAGACAUGUCGAGACCUUCGAGCUCUUCUGACCAGCCAUCAGAAUUGGCGAGGUCUUCCAAAAACAAGGAGCACCCUUCCAAGUCACCAAGGAGACGACGGGAGGGGAAGAGGUCUCAGCGGCGGGGGGAUGAUCACGAACAGCUGCUGUGGGAGAUGGAGCGCCGGAGGUUGCCAGGCCAACACGAGCACUUGGAGCCCUCUGGUUCAUCGUGCGACACAGCGGAAAGCUCUCCUAAGAGAAGAGCUCACUUUCUACAUGGACCAUAUCCAGCCACUCACUUUGGACCCAAAGCCUGCAUUCUUCCCAACCCAACGUCUGUGAUGCAUAUCCAGGACCCUGCCAGCCAGAGGCUCACCUGGAACAAACCUCCAGUCAAUGUUCUCGUCAUCAGGAAGAUCCGAGACGACAGCCUGGUGGAGCCGUUCAAAGAGCUCUGCCGCUUUCUAGUAGAGGAGAAGCAGAUGAUGGUGUACGUGGAGCGCAGAGUCGUUGACGACGCCACCCUCUCCAAGGACGAGGCCUUCGGCUCCAUCCGCAAUCAGCUCUGCACCUUCAGAGAGGGGUACGACGAUAUCUCCGACUGCAUCGACCUCAUCAUCUGUCUGGGUGGCGAUGGGACUUUGCUGUAUGCCUCCUCGCUUUUCCAGGGCAGCGUCCCACCAGUUAUGGCCUUCCACCUCGGCUCAUUAGGAUUUCUGACACCCUUCAAGUUCGAGUCCUACAAGAUCGAAGUAGCUAAAGUGUUAGAAGGCAACGCCGCCAUCACCCUGCGCAGCCGUCUGAAGGUGAAGGUGGUGAAGGACAUGCUGCAGAGAACCGGACAGCAGCCGAGCAGCAGAGAAGCACAGCCGGAGCCUAAUGGACUCCUUCCUCACGGACACACCAACAGUGAAGCUGGCAAGGUUACCCUGCAGCUGCAGAUUCUGUAG